AUGAAAAUAAUUCUACUAUUUAUUUUGGUUUUGGCCUUAAUUUGUGGAACAUUCUCAUCUUCAUCAUCUUCAUCUUCAUCAUCUCCACCAAUAUCUGAAUAUCGCUUAUAUUCAGUUCAAACCAAAUUUUCAAACCAAAAAGAAUUAUUAGUAAUUGAUCCAUUCAAUUAUAAAGUUUUAUUCAAUUAUACAAUUAAUCAUUUACAAUAUGAUAUCGAUCAAAUUUUAUCAUUAGAUACUACAACUGGGGAAUUACUUUUAUUAUGUUCAGAUGCAUCUUAUCAAAUUUUAGUCUCUGUUACAACUGGAUCACCAAAAUACACUCAAAUGAGUGAAGUUCAAAUGACUGCUAACUUUAAUUAUGAUGUACAAAGUUAUAUUUGGUUACCAGAUCAAAAGACAGCAGCAAUUCCAGCAGAAGUUGAUGUCAAUGGAACUUAUUCAAACUUUCUAAUGGCAACUGAAUUUGGAAAUCAAAAAGUUGAAUUAUAUAAUUUAACACAUUUUGAAUUUGCUCCAUAUGUAGUACAAGGUUAUGACUUUAUUAAUGAUAUUUAUUAUCUUGCUUAUUUGAAUAGAAAUUCUAGUUUCCAUGUUUUAUCAUUUGAUUACUCAAAUCCAGCAGAAACUGCUAAAUACUAUUACGACGUUUCAAAUCUUAUUAUGGUAAAUAUGGUUUUCACUGAUCCAAAUGGUAAUCUUUAUUUCUUAAAUCAACAAUACAAAAAUUCUACAGAUCCAAGCGGUUAUUAUGACAUUUGUAGAGUUUCACUAAGUGAUCAACCAUCAUGCGGCCCAUCACUUUACACCGUCUAUUUAGGUAAUGAAAUUGAUUACGAUUACAUUCCAUAUAUCCAAAGUCAAGAUUCUUCAACCAUCCUAUUCAUUGUAAAUCAAGCACCUGGCGUUAUGGGUUUCACUGAAAAUAUUCUCUUAACAUACGUCCAAUUAAAUGGUGAUUCCGUCACAGUUACAAAUGUUACAAUUCCAAAUGAUGAUCAAUCUGGUGACAAUUUCGCUUCAAAAGUUUAUAUAUUUUAA